AUGUCUAAAAAUGCACAAGUCGUCGACGGCGAGGCGUCCGAAUCAGAUUCUGAAAUAGAAAUCGGGAAAUCGCCGGACCUUGACUUAUCAGUGAAUACCAAGUCAUUUGUAAUCGCUGGAGAGGCUCCAGAAUCUGAUGAUGAAACUAAGCUAACAAUACCACCAAACUUACCAGAACUGGAUCUACCGCUGAAUAGUGUCCUGCGACCAUCUCCCACACCUGCACCAGCUAACUCCAAUAUUUACAACUCUUUGCUACAUCAGAAGCUUUGGGAAUGCAACGUAUCAUUCCGAGCAACGCUUGAAGGCCUAAUCAAGCAUACCACAGAAAUAUCAGUCGAGAAGCUAACGAGAGCUGACAAAACAUUACUGAAUGUUCAAGAAAGUAUGAGAGCUACAAAUGCCAACCUGACGUUAGCUAGAGCUCGUCUGAAACAACUUCACGCCGAAUUAGAGAAGGCAAACUGUAGUACUGCGUUACCUACAGUGAAAAUUAAAUAA